AUGAAUGCUUUUAAUGGUAAAUAUCAACAAAUACAUUCCUUCUCCACUAAACGCUGCCACCCACCGGCGUCGCAACUCACGGCGGCGGUGGAGGUUGAUAAUAAUGGGCAUGGAGGAAUAGGUAUCCUUGAUUUUUAUAAAGGGAAGAACAUUUUUGUUACUGGUGCAACUGGUCUCCUUGGAAAAGCUGUUGUGGAAAAGCUAUUGAGAUCAACCUCGGUGGACAAAAUCUACUUGCUAAUAAAGGCAAAAGACAAGGAAGCUGCACUUGAUAGAUUACAAAGAGAAAUAAUAAGCUCGGAGUUGUUCGCAUGUUUGAAAGAAAAAUAUGGGACAACAUAUGUAAAGGAGAAGCUAAUACCAAUAGUUGGAGAUAUAUGCAAACCAAAUCUGGGAAUGGAUUGUGAAUCUAUUGAUGCAGUUAGGAAAAAUGUACAUGUAAUUAUCCAAUCUGCAGCUUCCACAACCUUUAAUGAGAGGUACAACUUGCUAGUGGAUUCAAAUGUGAUUGCGCCACAACGAGUAACGAGGUUUGCCAAGACAUGCAACAAACUCGACCUCUUCACUCAUAUAUCUACGGCUUAUGUUAAUGAAAAAAGAGAAGAAGGUAUAAUAUUUGAAGAGCCAUUGAUUAUGGGAGGAAAUGAUGGUGCGGUCAAUGUAGCUGAUGAGAUUAGCUUGCUUCUCAAUUCAUCCCCAAACAAUAUCGAUGCCAACAAAUUUUUCAGAGAGCUUGGCCUUCAAAGAGCCAAAAUGAUGGGAUGGAGUACCACAUAUCAGCUAAGUAAGGCUAUGGGUGAAAUAGCAGUGAAUGAAAUUAGAGGAGAUGUUCCACUACUUAUAAUUAGGCCAUCUAUUAUCGAGAGCUGCUACAAUGAACCUCACCCCGGUUGGAUACAAGGAAUGAGGAUGUGUGAUCCAGUGAUCCAAAGUUAUGGGAAAGGACUUAUCCCAGCUUUUUGUUCAAAUCCUCAAGCACCUUUGGAUCUUAUACCGGUGGAUUUAGUAGCAAAUACGACAAUUGCCGCAACUGCAAAGCACGCAAGUAGAGAUAUGCAACAACCCAGUGUGUACCAUGUCGCAUCUAGUCAUUCGAAUCCUAUGACAGUAUUCGACUUUUUUGAAUAUCUAUAUGAAUACUUUAAAACAACACCUUUGAGAAGUGAGAAAUCACAUAUCACAAAAGUAGAAAUUUUCGAUAAUUUUGAUGAAUUCUCCAAAUGCACAAGAGAUGAAAUUUUGAAACGAUGCAAAGUUGGUGAAGAUACAAGGAGGAUUCGAGAGUACAAUGCCAAAGUUGAAUAUGUUGAGCAACUUUGUAAGAUGUAUGAAUUCGCAACAUUCCUCAAAGCCAGGUUCCACACAGGAAAUACACAGAAGUUAAUUGAAGAAAUGUCAAAGGAGGAGCAAAUUAAUUUCCAAGUGGAUGUGAAGAAUAUCAACUGGAAAAAGUAUUUAGAAGAAAUUCACAUUCCAGGACUGAUAAAGUAUGUAAUAAAUGGAACGGCGGCGCCGGCAACAUCUAGUGAAAAGCGGCCUCAACUCACGACUGUUUAG